UUUGAUGAGACAGUCAUAACGUGUCAAAAUCUCAGUCGACAAUUGAGCUGAUGGCGUGACAUAUCCGUUUUAUUACCUUCAAACUUUCCACUGAAAAACGACGCUAAACGGAUCGCGAGCCACACUAAGAGCUUCAAAAUUUAAUUACACGCGGAAGCCCAAGAGCCGUCAUAAAAACGGCGGUAUGUGCUUAGAGGCCCUCAGUUUGUGAAAAAGUGAACGAUCAUGUCACCUGAAAAAAGUCGUAUAUCUCUGGUGUUCCUUGGAAUUUUCUCCUCGGCGGUCCUGUGUUCAGAAUCGGGACCGAUCACAGACCUCAAACGCAAUGAGCGAAUCUUCGCUUUGAAUGAGAUCGACGCUGGACCAACAGACGAAACCGCGGGACUAGGCUUCACGGAUGAAGACCAAGAGGUUGACUCAAGGCUUCAAGGAAGGGCCUGGUUUGGUAGUGGCUUCGGCGGGUUCCCUUUCAUCAACAAUGGCGGGAUCAGCAGGGGCAUCGGAAACGGAGCAGUCAUCAUUGGUAAUUCGGGCAUGUCUGGAGGUGUAAACAAUUUCAACCCGUUCACUUCCUCGGGGAACCACUUGGAGCUUGACCACGACAACGUCCACGUGACGGUCCACAGCCCGAAGAAAACGCAAACCAUCACGUUCAGGGGGAAACGGGCAUUCGUGAACCGGAAACUUGUGUGCAAGAACAUACACGACCUGGACGACGAACCGAAGUACCAGAAGAGUGCCGAUGGAGCGUUGUGGUACACGAACCUCCCCGUGGGCGAGGAGAUGACGGAGAAGGAGAUCGAGGAGUUCAACGAGGAGGACAGGAGGAUAGAGGAGGAGAGAGAAAAUGCGAUGAAAGAGGCACAAGAGCACACUGCUAAAGUCCUCGAAGAGGCGAACAGGGUGAGGGAGGAAGCUCUCAAGGCAGCGGAGAGAGCCAGACAGGACGCCAUGGAGCAGGCUAGGAGAGCUAUAGAGUUGGCGAAUAGUUUCUGGGGUUUUAAUUGGGGGUGGUGAGGCUCGAGACGCCAGAUAGUUGGGCUACACUUUGCAAUUAAGAACUAUAAAUUCCGGCCCGGUUUUAAAACAACGUAUGUGCCAUUAAUUUCCCUAUGCACAUACG